AUGAUCGCCAAUGAUGGCUUGCUUCGGGUAUUCUGGCCAAAUGGACUCUCUGGGACAAUGACACCCGGUGUGAUGGUCGGUUGGAGGAACUCAGAAACAGACAUCUUCAUCGUCACAAUAUUGGAAGAGGCAGAGGUUCGCAAUGUCGAGACUGCUCUGCGGAUGGGCUCCCUCUAUCGCAACAGUCCACAUCCUAUUCGUCAGAUUUUCCAGACAUGUGCCAGGGAUUCGAUGCAUGUCUUGGGCACCGUCAAUUAUCCCAAUUCUGCUGUCGAGUUCAAAACCUCGAUGUUGCGCGCAUUCACCUUUUCAAACGUUGCCCCUCCACAGAUAUACUGUCCACCAAGCACAGGAUUCUCCGUGCAAAUAAUCACCUUCGACUCUCCCAAUCCGAUGAAAAUGCAGUAUAUGUCGCUCGAACCCAUUUCCCUAGCCCUAAUGGAUAAGUUGCCCGAUGGGGAGCCAACUACCCUUGCCCUGGGCCAUCUAGACAUGGACGAAGAAAAGGAGAGGCUUCGGAUUGCAAAACUCGUGGAGAAGCUUAGACUGCAUACAGUCAUUAGACAUCCACCAUCCAGGAAGGAGAAGGCGCUACUGAUCAUCCUAAAUCAGAUCAAUUGCUCAUUCGAACUGGCUAAGUUGUUGCAGAGGAAUACCCCACUGAUUGGAUCAAGACGGAAGCGAAGCAGAUCCGUGAGCGAAAGAGUCGUUGAAUCUGCUCAGUCACUCUAUAGCUACGCUGCACUCGUCAUCUGGAACCUUUUCUUGACAUACGUCUACCCAAUUAUCAGAAAAGCCUUCUUGCUCGGCCUUAUCACCCAUCGAAUCUUGGCCGAGAUUGUUUUACGAAUACUCGAGUUCCGACCGCCCCGAAGGUUUCCGUCCCCAGACCUAGACCCUAAUCCCCCCACAGCCGAAUCGCAUGGAAGUGCAAGCUAUGCUCUCAAAGACCUAUCUGCAGCCUUUCAACAGAUUCACAUCCGCCUUCAACAAUUCUCGUACUACCCAAUUCAAUACAUGCUCCUCCGUCGCCGUCAACAGAAUUGGUCAUCCAUACCCACCUCUCACGCAGACUACAUUCGCUUCUACAACUCUCUAUGGCUAGUUGCGAAUGAUGUUAUCAUUGGCAUAGCUCUAGGCAGCUAUAUAAUCGAAAGCCACCAGAAUACCGCUGCUUUUCUCGGGACCUCGCUAAAUCAGUAUACGAUCUCUGGCCUAGAACGUAUGAUAACGUGGCUUAUGGGGUGGCCUGCUGGCCUCAAGCUGAACGGGGAGUUGGCGGACUUCCUCGGGGCUCUUUCUCUCUGGGUGAUUGAGUGCUGGAACCAGAUUAUCACAACGCUCGUCACACCUUACCUCCCUACAAUCGUCUAUUUCAUCGGCUUCAGCUCGUUCGCUGGUGCUAGCAUGCCCAUAGCAAUUCUUUCUGACCUGCUCAGCCUUCUCACGCUGCACAUAUACUGUUUUUACAUCGCCAGCGCACGAAUUUUCAACUGGCAGUUGACCAUUAUCUACUCGCUCUUCCAGCUCUUUCGUGGGAAGAAGCGAAAUGUUCUACGCCAUCGUAUCGAUUCGUGUGAUUACGAUUUGGAUCAAUUGCUUCUAGGCACAAUUUUAUUCACUUUACUGUUCUUCCUCCUGCCGACAGUUGUGGUCUUCUACCUGACCUUUGCCUUUGCAAGAGUGAGCAUCAUCGUUCUCAAAGCUCUUUUAGACACAUUUUUGGCUUGCUUGAACCACUUUCCGCUCUUUGCAUUGAUGCUGCGAGUCAAGGAUCCAAAAAGACUGCCUGGCGGUGUCCAUUUCACGCUUUACCAGGAUCCUUUCUCUACAAGAAAUCAGUGUUCAUCAUCCGUGGCAGAUAGCAAUACCGUGGAUAGCGAAUUUGCUCAUUUACCCUCUAGAAACGUGUCCUACGUCAACCUCUCCGCGACACCACUUUCUCUCUAUCAGAUAUUUGCUCAAUAUUCGCAUAUCGCCUCUCGCAUCCGCAAACAUUACCUAUCACCACAAGUAGUCUUCCGGCUUGUCACUGGCAGAUUUGUGCCGCCACUCGGAAGAGGCGAGAUGUAUGGUCUUCAAUACUCAAUGCUACCCAGAAACCGCGUCAGCGUGGGGGAGGUCUGGAGAGGGUUGGUUGAUGGUGGCUCCGAUAGCAGCAAUGCUUAUGGCAAAAGUGGACGAAGGAGAUAG